GCACUGUGACUGAUGGAUGGUGGACAUCCUUUUCUAGGCGACAUCCUGAAUUGUCUCUGAAAAAUCCUGCCCCUAUGAGUAAGGCACGAGCCAUAGCAUCUAACUCGGAAAGUAUGAAUGCUUAUUUCGAUUUGCUGGAGGAGACACUGGAUACUUAAAAUCUUGGAGACCGCCCAGAGUUACUAUUUAAUAUGGAUGAAACCGGAAUGCCAUUGAAUCCAAAACCCCCAAAGGUGGUAGCUGGCAAAUCAAAAUAUGUGACAGCAAUGUUGUCUGGUGAUAAGACUCAGAUCACUGUUGUUGGUUGUGUAAGUGCGUCUGGAAUUUGUAUGCCACCGAUGGUAAUUUGGGAUCGCAAGACUCUCAAUUUGGCUCUUACUGAAGGAGAGGUUAGAGGAACACGCUAUGCUCUAUCUGAACGUGGCUGGAUGACUGCAGAAAUCUUUGAUGGCUGGUUCUGCAAUCAUUUUCUCCGAUUUGCUCCAAGGGAUAGACUACUUCUCUUGCUCCUUGACGGGCACUCUUCCCAUUUUUGUCCAGAGACGUUGGCUAUGGCUGCCAAGCAUGAAGUUGUAAUUUUCACUCUGCCGCCCAAUACAACACAUUUAACUCAGCCCCUUGAUAAGGAAUGUUUUUCUCCAUUGAAGUCAGCUUGGCGAGAAGCAUGCCAUCAGUUUAUUAGUCAAAAAAUCCAGGCAAAAGUGUCACUCGCUAUACUUUUUCAAGGGUUUUUGCUAAUGCUUGGAUGA